GGAAAUCUCCUUGGACUACGACCAGCAACUCAAUGGCGCAUCAUCGACUGAACCCCGCAUCAACGUCGUCAAAGAUGCCUGAUUGACUGAUUAUUUAUUCAGCUUCAUCGUGAAGGGUAAAGGGCAUCUAGACUUUUGUCAAUUGAGCAAUUCAAGUCUUUUGUCGAUAAAAUGGCCGUUAUCGUUGAAACAGCCUCCAUCCAGCUAAAGCCAGGUUACGAUGAGGAUAAGCUACGAAACAUCCUCAAGGAGACCCAGCAAAUACAAGCUCAAUGGAUCAGGGAGCACCAACCCAAUCUCCUUGAGGGAAAGCCUUAUAAUUACACCACGGACAUUUGGAUCACCGAUGGCGAAGCGCCGUACCUAUUUCUCACAGCACCGUGGGAAUCUGUGGGUGGUCACAACGAAUGGAUCCAAAGUCAAGAGAACAUCUCUCUAAUGCAAGAGCUCAAAGAAUUCAUCAGUCAAGACAAGGACGCCGUGGCCUUGUAUCAUCUGGGGCCAGCUGGAGAAAAUGAAUUCCGAGGAGACAUUCUGUCAAGAGGAUCCGUCAAGGUCUGGAAGAUAUCAGUGAAGCCCGAAGAAAAAGCAUCUCUCGAAAAAGAAUUUCGUUCCAUCGAGACCCAAUCCGCAACACUACCAGGUCAAAGAAUGUGGGCAGGAUGGAGGAUAGAAGGCGACGAUUCAAUCAUGGUGAUAAUCGCAUCCCCAGGUUUCGAAGACGUGAUCGAGUCCGGUAUAGCUGUGAGGUUCGAAGCUACCAAAGUCUCCCGCUUCGAGCACAAGCCUUUUCUGCAUUAGCCAAUUCAACACUCGUCACGCAAAAAAACCCAGUAU